UCAUAAAUCUGACCAACUGCAAAUACGAGAGUGUACGGCGGGCUGCAGUGAUGUGUGGCCUCCGGGAGGCGAGUGAGCUGGAUGACUGGACCCUGUACUGGACAGAUUAUUCUGUCUCGCUGGAUCGGGUGAUGGAAAUGAAAAGUUACCAGAAAAUAAAUCAUUUCCCUGGGAUGUCUGAAAUCUGUAGGAAGGACCUUCUGGCCAGGAACAUGGGCAGGAUGCUCAAACUUUUCCCCAAGGAGUUUAACUUCUUUCCCAGGACCUGGUGUCUUCCUGCUGACUAUGGAGAAUUGCAGUCCUUUGGCAGAUCCAAAAAGCAUAAGACUUACAUCUGCAAACCAGAUUCUGGCUGUCAAGGCAAAGGCAUUUUCAUCACAAGAACUGUAAAAGAUAUCAAACCUGGAGAGGACAUGAUCUGCCAGCUCUAUAUCUCAAAGCCAUUUAUUAUUGAUGGGUUCAAGUUUGAUCUCCGGGUUUAUGUGCUGGUGACAUCGUGCGAUCCCCUACGAGUGUUUGUCUAUAAGGAGGGUCUGGCACGCUUUGCAACGUCUGCUUACUCAGACCCAUCACACAGCAAUUUGGACGACGUCUGUAUGCACCUGACUAAUUAUUCAAUUAACAAGCACAGCGCUAAUUUUAUACGAGAUGAAGACUCUGGUAGCAAGAGGAAGCUGUCCACCUUCAAUAAGCACAUGGAGGAAAAUGGUUAUGAAACAAAACAGAUAUGGAAAGAUAUUGAUGACGUUGUGAUUAAGACCCUGGUGUCAGCCCAGCCUAUCCUCAAGCAUAAUUAUCUGACUUGCUUCCCUAACCACAUCAUGUGGAGUGCUUGCUUUGAAAUCCUGGGGUUUGAUAUUUUACUGGAUCGAAAACUCAAACCAUGGCUGCUCGAGGUGAAUCAUUCGCCAAGCUUCAGUACCGAUUCCUGGCUGGACAAAGAAGUGAAAGACCAACUCCUGUAUGACACUCUGGUCCUGAUCAACUUGGGAGCAUGUGAUAAACGGAAAGUUUUGGAAGAAGAGAAACGGCGAGGGAGGGAGAGGCUUCUGAACCAAUGCCGUAAUCGAGAAGCCAGGGCCGAGGAAUUCAAGAGCUGCCAAGCUGCUUGGCUCCAGCAAGCAGAAAAAUAUGAGGAAAUAAACACAGGAGGCUAUCGCCGAAUUUACCCCAGUUCUGAUUCAGACAAAUAUGAUAAGUUUUUCCAACACAAUAAUUCACUCUUCCAGGAAACAGCAGCUUCCAGAGCACGUGAAGAAUAUGCCAGGCAGCAGCUUCAGGAGCUCCGUCUCAAGCAGGAACAAAAAGCAUCUCUGCUGAAAGAAAAGAAGGCUGAACUGCAGGGAGAGUCUGGUGGAGAAAAAAUGAAGAUUUCCAGGCAAAAAGUGGCAAACAGAGCAAGUACAGUGCCAGUCUCUGCCCAGCCUCGGGUUUCUUCAGAUUCUGAGCCUGGACCUGCCUUCCCACUCAAUCUUUCAGAGGAGCAAGAGCCCACGAAAGAAGUAGCUUGUGAUUCUUCAAGCCUCUCCCAGCAUGAGAGCCAUGGGACAGGCAGUUGCCCAGAGACCCCUGAAAAACAGCCCGUAAGGCCUUACAGCUCCGUGCCUGACCUCACCAAACAGAAUUCAUCCAGCAUCCCAGAACAAUGUAAUUCAAAUCCAGAACUGAGGGACAUCAUUAGUGGCCACUGUUCUGCACCAGAUGUGAGCAUUAGAACGAGUGUAAGUGAUAACACCACACUUCCAGUGUUUACAAAAGCAUGCAGUAAACAAACCCUAUGUCCUCACAAGCAUUUUCCAACAAUGACACAGCCUCGGGCGGAGAGGGCAACAAGAACAUUGGCUUGCUAUGCAAGUCCAGCUAUUAAAAACUUCCGGCCAUUCGGAGAACAACCCUUGCACUUUCACGUUAGAGAAAACACAGCCUUCUCACGCUCUGCUACUCCAAUGGUGAGAAUGAGAUUCUCUGAGAAUGUCAAAGAAAAAAGAACUCCAAAAAGAGUAGUCUCCGAACUCUUCAGCAGGAUGAAUUUCACACCAGCAGAGAGAAACCUCAGGCUACUUUCGCUACAGCAAUCUCAUCUCCUCACCAACCGAGCACAAAGUGCUUCUCUCCCAAGAGAAAUCCUCGGCAGCAGGAGCGUUCCUAGCAGGAGGUCAGCAAAGUACUACAAUGCCCACCUUGCUAUGCCAAAGCCAGUAGUUCAGCAGCAGAGUUUGCAAGGCCUAUUGGUGAUUUCACAGAUGAACAACCAGUCCAAAAGAGCCAGUGACCAAACACUGGGAGACAGUCCUGUGAACAGGGUUUGAGUGAAUCAUUCACAAAGCCAGGCUGGUUUCUCGAAAAGAUGUUAUUUUCGGUUAAGAGACAUAUUGAACUGUUCAACUAUAUCCAUCCCCAGUAGGCUGUUAUGUAAAGGUGCCUUCCUUUACAGCCAGUGAAAAAUGACUUGUAAAGAGAUUAGGUAUGUUUAAAGCAAGUGGAUUUCAAGCGAGUUGAAGCUCCUGAUUUCCUCUUGCUUGUGGAAGUAUGUUGCAGGUACUUUACAAACUGAAAAAUCCUCUUUCAGAAAUUCCUAAGAAGAUGGCUGCUGCAUGAAUUUCAGACCCUAGAGGGUUAGACUUAUAUACCACUUCCAAUCAUACCGUUCUCUAGAUCUGCAGAGGAGGAUGGAGCACG